AUGAACAUAAUUUUAUGGGUUUUGAUUGGAAUUUCACUGUUUCAAAAGAUAAAUGGUAAGUUUUCGAAAUGCUUUCAAUUUUUUAAAGCUAAAAAUUUUUUUAGAGUUAAACUUUUUUUAGUAUCUAAAAUUUAUCAUGAAGCCUUAAAUUCGUUUUUAAGCUUAAGAUUUAUUUUUAAGCUUAAGAUUUAUUUUUAAAUUCAAAAUCCAAUUUUUAAGCCUAAAAUUUGUUUUUAAUCCUAAAAUUUUUUAAGUCUAGAAACUACUUCUAAACUUAUUUUUAAUAUUGACAUACCCUUGAUUUCAGCUACCACACUACAAGACGAUCUGAAUCGUUUUUUCGAAAUGGCAAAAGGUAAAAAAUGUGAAUCUGUAGUUUCAACCAACUCUUCGAUGAAACAUUACGUUGAGAUUACCGAUGGCUGGGCUAUAUUACACUUGGAUGGUCAAGAAAUCUGUGGAAGCACUUACGAAGAAAAGAAUUUUGUGGUUUAUAGGACAGUUCUUCCUGAUGGAGAGGUUAUAUACACCAUGGGCGGGUUUACUGACGGCAGUUAUGUGUUUUGUAAUAGGUAAGUGGUUUCUUUAAGGAAAUGACAAUAACUUUCUUUACAAAACGAAAAAUGGCAAAAAUUUUCUUUACAGUACAAAAAAUGGCAAGAACUUUCUUUACAAAAUAUAAAAUGGCAAGAACUUUCUUUACAGAACAAAAAAAUAGCAAGGACUUUCUUUACAGAGCAUAAAAUGGCAAGAACUUUCUUUACAAGAUAAAAAGCGGAAAGAACUUUCGUUACAGAACCGGAAAUGACAAGAACUUUAUUUACAAUGCAAAAAUGGCAAUAUUGCUAUACUCAUCGUAUAACUUGUCACGCACAGUCUGCAAGCUGCCAAAAAAUCAAUUUUUUUAUUUUUAGCUAUGGCACUACCAAAGUUAUGAACAAAAGGCUAGAAAACGUGUUGAUGCAUCGCAAUAACCUCUUCAUCGACCUUUCUGUUGCUGUUCCUAUCAACGGUAAGGAGAUCAAUUGUCGUCGAGAGAAAUGUGAUGAUCACUUGACCUUGCCAAUUGUAGAUGAUACUAAGCCGUGUAUUGAUGAUAAAGAAUGCUACAUUAUUGAUGAUUAUAUUACUCAUGUACAGAAAAAGGACACAAGACUCUAUUAUGCCUAUUCGGAUCCGUAAGUAUGGAAGGGCAGAGGAGGGUAGGAUAAGGUAAGGGAUGCUAGGGUAGGGUAAGGAGAAAUAUGGUAGUGUAAAAAGGAGGGUAAGGUAAUGUAGGGUAACGUUUGUUAGCGUAGGGUAAAGAAAAUUAUGGUAGUAAGGUACUUUGAAGAGGGUAGGUAAGGGUAAUACAAACUAGGAUAAGGUAGGUUAGGGCAAGGUAGGGCAGAGUAGUGCAGGGCAGUUUUAAGUAAGGUAGGGUUGUAUUGGUUAGGAUAGGGUAAGGUAAGAUAUUAUAUGAUAGGUUGAAUAUUGAUAUAGCUAGUGUGGUUUAUAUUACUAUUAAGGGUAAUGUUUCUGUUAGGUUGGGCUGUGAUUAAGGCAACGUAUGGCUAAGGCAGGGCAAAUGUAAGAUAAGUUACGGGGUAAAAUUACUUAAGCCUUACUCUUGUAAGGCAGUGUAGGACUAUGACAAACAUAGGGUACAUAUAGUUACGGUAGGGAAGGACAUGCUUUUUCUGAUAGGGAAAGAUGUAGAUGGAGUAAGGCUAGGCUAGACUAUUAAUAUGUUAACUAAGCGAUCCCUGGUUACGAUAAUGUAGAAUAAAGUAGGGUACAGUAAAAUAGCAUGGUAGGGGUAGGGUAGGGUAGAGUAGGGUAGGGUAAGAUAAGGUAGAGUAGGGCAGGACAGGGUGAGGUACGGUAGAUUUUAAAUAAUAAUGUUUUUUCAGAAACGACCCAUCUAAAUUAAAAACGGCAUCAUUAUACAAUGGAGCGGUAAGCGUUUAUACAGGUAAUGGGUAAGUUUUCGUUUUAGCAUAAAAGGCUAUAAUAUAAACUUUUUUUAAUUUUUUUAAAUGUUUUAGAAAGUGCGUGACGUUUGACAAUGCUAACGGAACUGAAACCACUUACUUACCGCUUAUGUACGAAGAGGAAGAGGGAGAAGAAGCUCCGUAUGAGGACACUAUACCUAGAAGUAAGUUGUGUAGUGGUUUACGGCAAAAACUUUCUUUACAAAACAAGAAAUGGCAAGAACUUUCUUUACAAAACAAUAAAUGGCAAGAACUUUCUCUACAAAACAAGAAACUGCAAGAACUGUCUUUACAGAGCAAAAAUGGCAAGAACUUUCUUUAAAAAACAAAAAAUGCCAUUUCACUUAGGUUUGAACAUUGAUACAACCUCUUUAGGCGAACCGCUGUCUUCUGUGGAGCACUUUUCUGCUGGCAUUAUCGAGUUUUCACGUGUUUUGAGUUUGGUCGACGAAAAUGGAGGUGCAACCUCAAUGAUGGGGCUUUAUAUCACAACGGAAGUACUACUUUUGUUGAUCUCAGUGGGUUUAUGUCUGUUCUUUGACGCGACUGAAGAAUCCAUCAAAACCAUUGUUUAUCCCGUAGUGGUGUUGUACAGAUUUAUCAGAAAGAGAUUGUUGGUAAGUUGGGGAGGAGGGGGGGGGGAGGGAAGUUUAACAUUUUUAAUUGUUGGUAAGUUGAGUGGAGAGGGAGAUGGUUGGAGGGGUGGGGAAAGAUAGUUAAAGUUUCAAAAAGCUUUAGGGUUUAAAAAAGUCUUGUCGUUUUUAGACGUUGUUUUGUGUCUUAAAAAGCGACAAAAUUUUUUUUUAGUAUAGUAUUAAGAACAAGGUUUAUUUUUUAAGCUAAAGUCUCAUUUGUAAGCCCAAAAUUCAAUUUUAAGUCUUUCAUUCAUUUUUAAGCCUGAAAUUUAAUUUUUAAGCCUAAAAAUCAUUUAUAAGCUAAAGGUCAUUUUUAAGCCUACACUUUGGUUCUUAAGCCUAAAAUUUCAUUUCUAAGCCUAGGUUUCAGUUUUAGGCCUAAAAUUCAAUUGUUAAGCCUAAAAUUUAUUUUUAAGCUUAAAAUUUUAUUUUUAAGCCUAAACUUUAUGUUUAAGCCUGGAAUUCAUUUUUAAGCCUAAACUUUUAUUUUCAAGCCUAAAAUAUAAUUUUUAAGCUCAAACUUUAUUUUAAAGCCUGAACUUUAUUUUUAUGUCUAACCACUAUUUCAAAUUUCAGCUAAAGGGGGCAGCCGACGGAAGAACCGUGGACCACUCCAUUGAUAAUGCCAUGCAAGAUCGUUGA